AUGCUAGAGGACAUCAAGUUGCUUGACACGGUGAAAGCUUGUUUUCACUCAGGAGCCUUCAUUUUUACGGGUCUCUUUACCUAUCUCAUCAUCGUGACUGUGCAUGGCACGCCCGAGCUCCAAACGAACGCCCGCUACGCCCUUCUGUGCCAGCACUGUGCCUGUGUGGCAGGCUUCAAUGUCACAGGUGCGACCUUGCAUGCCCUCCGUGCCCUGCGAUUGUCAACGAUGCGUUUGGUCUGCUGGGUGCUCUUUGACCUGCAGGUGGCGCUUGCACGCGGCCUUAUUAUCACACUAACUCUAAUGGCCGUCAACACCUGCCUAUCCAUCUGCAAACCAUUGCACUACCUUACGCUGGUGCAUCGAACCCGCACCGUAGUUAUAUUAGUCUCCUGGUUCCUUGCCUUGGUCAACCCUGUGGUAUUUACUGUGCUGGCCUGUGUGGACACACCAUGGGAUUACGUGGUUGGACCUGACCCCAUGUGCUCCACCACACUGGAAGGGAAAGCACCACGUAUAAGCGCCCUCGCGCUGCUGGCGCUGCUGAUUCUGCUCAUUGUUGGCAGCUACGUACUCAUUUACCUUGAGGGUCACCGUGCUGGCCACUUCUCACGUUCUAACAGCAGGGGGCGCCGUACCAUCCUCAUUCACACCCUGCAGAUGAGCUUGCACCUUCUGCCAGCUGUCAUGAUUAUCUCCCGACUGGAUCAGUACCUGCCGUUGGCACUGGCUAACUUUACGGUGUUUUGUGCAGCCCAGUCACUCAGUCCCGUGGUUUACGGCCUGCGGUGCCGUGAACUCCGGUCCCACCUUGCCCGAUUCAUCCCACAGCCGCUCCAGUCCCUCAGGAGCUGUGGAAGAGUGCAUGACACUAGUAAUGGUACAUCAUCCAGCCUGGGAAAUGUUGGCAGCAGCACAGAAACAGUGACGAGCACCUCCACGUGUGUUGCUAUUGGCAACUACUCAGCAGGUCACACAGACAGUGACUGUGAGGAGCAAGACUCAACUGUGACUUGCACAACAGUACAAGAGUGA